AUGGCAAAGAGGUCCAGGAAGAAGGAGCAGCCGGCGGUCCAGGCAGCGAGCCUCCCCGAGGACCUCCUCGUCGAGGUCCUCGCGCGGGUGCCCUACAGAUCGCUCUGCCGCUUCAGGUGCGUGUCGCGGCCGUGGCGCGCCCUCUGCUCCGACCCCGCGCUCCGCAAGAGGUCGCCGCAGGCCCUGUCCGGCUUCUUCUGCUACACCCGCGACGACGACAGCCACGAGCUACGCUUCCUCAACAUCUCCCGGCGAGGCCGGCCCCUCGUCGACCCCGGUCUCCCCUUCCUGCGCGCCGUGUGGGAUGGAGGCGUCCGGGCCGUGGACUGCUGCGGCGGCCUCCUCCUCUGCCAGUGCUGGACGGAAUCAUCCAUACACGACGCCAUCUACGACCCCUACGCCGACCCCGACGUCGCCUCCGAUUCCGAAGCCGAGGCCGACGCUGUCGAAGAUGUGGCAGACUAUGUCGUGUGCAACCCGGCUACCGAGGAGUGGACCGUGUUGCCUGCCAUUGAGGAGCUGCACCCGAGGAACGUCAUCCGUCUGGGUUUCGACCCGGCUGCCCCCUCCCGCUUCGCCGUGUUUGUGCUCUUGCAGGAUGUGGAGGAUGGUCACGACGCCGGAGUGCAGAUCUUCUCAUCAGAGACCGGAACAUGGACGUUCAGGCAGAGCGAUUGGGGCGAGGGAAGCGUUACUGUGGAUUAUUACAAUGGUUCACCUUCCACCUUCUUCGGCGGCACCCUGCAUUUGACUACCCGAGAUAAUUCAGUGAUCACAGUGGACACAGAGGGGAAGGCAUGGCACAAGAUUCGUAUGCCGCUCAGUGUUGAGGACACGUCGGAUAUUGGCUUCAUCGGGCACUCUCAGGAGCGCUUGUAUGCUUUGCAUAUGAAUUAUUCUGAUGAUGAUUGUCAGCUCACGGUCUGGGUGCUUGAGGAUUAUGCUACUGGGCAGUGGACACUGAAGCAUACAGCUGACAUGUCGGAGACAGUAGGCGAUGAUGUGUGUACUUUUGUCGCUGUUGAUUCAGAAGGCAAUCUGAUUUUCCAAAUUAAUGGACAGGAUGAACAGCUUGUGUCAUAUGAUAUGGAAAAGAGGAAAUUUCAUGUUAUCUUCAGUUUUGAGAGUUACUUCACUCUCCGGUGUGAUCCUUAUAUUCCCAUUUACAAGGAAUGGUUACCCAAAGCAGCUCCAUGA